GGGGGCUUUGUCAAGAAGGGCUAUGUCUGAUGUUGAAGACGACAGUAGCCCGUAUGAGCAGGGUGAACUGGCCCCAAGUCCAGAUUACAGAGAGCAGGAUGAUGACCCUGAUAGUCAGCUGUCCCUAUCACCACAAUCUCGUGAGGCUUUAGAUGAUGACGAAGAUGACGAUGAAGAUGUUGCACAUACCAGCAAAGACAAUAGAAUUGAAGAUGAGGUUGGACUAGACAUAAAACCCCCACAAAUACAGGCUGGACGAAAAGAACGGAAACACAAACAUAAAGAUGAGCGCCGUCGUGACAAAGAAAGACAUACACAGUCAAGAGACAAGAGCGAUCGACAGCCAAGAGACAAAGAUCGGUCUUCACGCAGUGGCCACGGUUACGGUCGGGAGUCUCAACGAUCCAGGAAGCAAGAUGUGAGGGAACGAGAACCUAGAGAUGUCCGGGAUAAUUACCGUGAAACAAAGGAGAGGGAACGAGAUCGCCGUGCCAAGGAGGAAGAGAAGAGGGAAAAAUCUCGUAUGGAGAGAGAACGACUAGAAAGAAUAGAGCGAGAAAAGGAAAGGGAGAGAAGGAUGAGAGAAACACGGGAGAUAGAAAGAAGAAAACGCAGAGAGGAGGAACGAGAAAAAGCAAGGGCAGAAGCUCUAUAUAGGCGAGAGAAAGAAAAGAAAACAGCCAAACAGUCCCGAGCAAGGAGUCGAAGUCGAGAAAGACAGUUUGCUAUUGACUCGCACAGAGACAAAAAAUCCCGCCAUCGUGUAAAAUCUCCAGAACCAGAACGUUCAAGGCCUCGUGGUCCACACACACCUGAAGAAGAUUACCCACAUGUAGUGGAGGAGUCAGAAGAAGAGGAGGAGGAAGAAGAGGAGGAAGAGGAAGAUCAUGUGUCACAUGAGGAGCAUGCUGAGGCCAGUGAUAUCCACAGUGGGGAAUCUGAUGUGUCAGUCGAGGAGGAGGAUAGUGAUUCGGAUUCUGAGUCAGGAAGUGGCAGUAACUCUAACAUUGGAAGUGACGACAGCCACCAAAAACACAGUGACAUGGAAGAAGAUUCACACCAUCAGGAUCCUUCUAAUGAAAAUUUAAGGUCGAUAUUUGAUGAUGACGAUGAAGAAGAAUCAGAGCCAGAAAGUGCAGCCUCUUCAAUGCAAGUGUCAGAACAUCAGGACGAACGAAUGUACCUACAGGAUACACCUCCACAGUCUCCUGUAGAACUGGCACCAGAUCUUCCACCAUACCUCCCAGCAAUACAGGGAUGUCGUAAUGUUGAAGAGUUUCACUGUCUCAAUCGCAUUGAAGAAGGAACUUACGGUGUUGUGUAUAGAGCACGUGACAAAAAAACAGAUGAAAUUGUGGCAUUGAAGCGACUGAAGAUGGAAAAAGAGAAGGAAGGCUUUCCCAUCACUAGUCUACGAGAGAUCAACACUUUGCUGAAGGCUCAACACCAAAACAUUGUUACUGUCAGGGAAAUUGUGGUUGGUAGCAAUAUUGAUAAAAUAUACUUAGUCAUGGAUUAUGUUGAACAUGAUCUAAAAAGCCUGAUGGAGACUAUGAAGCAGCCAUUCCUAGUGGGUGAGGUGAAGACUUUGCUGAAACAGCUUCUGUGUGGGGUGGAUCAUCUCCAUGACAACUGGAUCAUACAUCGGGACCUCAAGACCUCCAACCUCCUUCUGAGUCAUAAAGGCAUCCUCAAGAUUGGGGACUUUGGACUGGCCAGAGAGUAUGGUUCUCCACUGAAACAAUACACACCUAUAGUUGUUACACUCUGGUACAGAGCACCUGAACUUUUACUGGGCUGUAAGGAAUAUGCUACUGCGAUAGACAUGUGGUCUGUGGGUUGUAUAUUUGCCGAGUUCCUGAUGAUGAAAGCGCUUUGGCCAGGGAAGUCGGAGAUUGAUGAAUUGAAUAGAAUAUUCAAGGACCUGGGAACCCCUAACGAGAAAAUCUGGCCAGGUGUGAGUGAGUUACCUGGAAUGAAGAAGUGUACAUUUACAGAUUAUCCCUACAACACAAUACGACAGAAAUUUGGCUCCUACUUCACAGAUGUAGGAUUUGAUCUGCUAAAUAGAUUCCUUACAUAUAACCCAGAGAAACGUAUUACUGCGGAGGAAGCCAACACACACGCUUACUUCAAAGAAUCUCCACUCCCAGUUGAUCCAUCCAUGUUCCCAACGUGGCCAGCCAAGAGUGAACAGCCACGGAAACAUCAGAACUCUCCAAAACCUCCAUCAGGUGGCAAUGCCUACAACAAACUCAUGGCUGAUGAAGAUGUGGAGAAAGUGAUAGCAUCUAGAGGGUUCCACCUGACCAAUGCUGCUAAGGGAGCCUCCGCUGUGGGAAUGGGUUUCAGCCUUAAGUUUUAAAGAAGAAGCAGGACAUUUUCCUUCUCAUCUAGAGCUAGUGAAGGAAUACAGACCAGUCUCUGAAAAUUGUGAUCAUGUUACAGCACUGCUAAGGGGAAAAUUUACAAAUACAUGGAUACAUAUAGGAAAUUCUAUAUGAUAUUGCAUUGCUUGAUCUCAAAUAAAAUUUGUUCAUAUCCAUCUUGUGUUAAGGACAGGGAUACAGUGAAACCAGGUUUAAAUUGGUGCUACAAAACACUGCCCUUUAGACAAAUCUUGGAUGUCAGAAAUUAAUUAAUAAUUUUAGAUAAAACAGAAAACUCAGAAAUGAGUGAUGAGGAGAAAUAUUCAAAUUCUGCAUAAGAUUUACAUGUAUAUAGUCUCUCAUUUUCAAGGACUUAGAAACAUGUUGGUGUGGAAAACUGAGAGAUCCUCUCCACACUUUGACACAUCUUUCUGCUUCAUAAGGAGUGAUCACUUUCAUUAAUCAUCAUUGUAAGUGCCAUAAUGAAGACCUCUAAAAUCUUGCUUUGAUGUGGUCAGGAUGUGAUUACACAGGAGCAAAUAUCUCGGAACAAAAGCAUGGUAAAAAAUUUGUUAUGUUACACAUGCCAAGUAAUACUUGUAAGGUAUAUCUCAAGUACUAAAUUCCCAAACUCAGUCUCUACAUCUGGAACGGAUAUUUACAACAUCACUGUCAUAUUUAUCACUGGUUCCAACAUGUUAUUUAACUGGGAAAAAUAUGACUGCUCAUAAACACUGAUAUAAAAUUGUGAGGGUGGUGAUUGUAUGUACGUGAGGAUGGAAGAGAUCAUUAUUCAUGUUUGUUAACUUGUAGAGUUUAUAUAUUGAUUAUCUCCCAUGUAUUUAGGUUUGGUGUCUCUGUGUAUCUUCUGACAGUAAUGGAAAUUAUCUGAGAUGGAUUUCUCAAGAUUUCUUAUCCGUGCAAUCAAAACAGGUCAUAGUCUCACAACAACCAGCGGUUUUCUGGCGAAUUCUGUCAAACGAUGAUUUGACAUAUCCUGAUGUGUUCAAUCUAAUUAGGUACCAAAGUAUUUCAACUAAUUCACCUCUUUAUUUACUUUUUAAGGGAAAGGUGAUUGCGUGAUUUCUGAAAAUGUUUUCGAUAACAACUUGAAAAGUAACUUACAUUCUGAUAGAAAGCAUUUAAAACGACGUCGCUGGAUUGGUCCACAGUUUAGGAAAGUUAUUGUAGUGAAGCGGGAAUGAAGCAGAAAUCCAACCCGUAACAAGGUCUGGAAAAUUGGUCUACAUAUAUAUAUGUAGUUAACAGUCCAAAGCUUAUAGUUAAAGACAGAAUGGAAUUGUGUUUCUUUACAAGUGAACUCAGACAAACUAAAAUGCAUUUACUAGUAUUUAGGAAUUUUUCCCACAACCCAUUUGUUUUGUACAUUAUAUGAGAGACUUGAAAGUGAAUGAUGAGAAAGUGGUUCUUUGUAAACUUCAAUAAUGUUUUCUUAAAUACAGAGAAAUAAAAUGUCAGACAUAGAAA